AUGCAGAGCGACGCGGCAAGGAUCGCAGGAUGUCACCAAACCACUGUGGGAGACGCUUUGUUUGCAUUUGUGCGAGCAUUGAAUAGAAGGGCAGGCCAGUUCAUAUUCUGGCCGCGAGAAGGAGAGAAGAUCGAAAUAAGACGCAAGUUUUACACCAAAUUCGGCCUUCCGGGAGUUGACUGGUGUCAUCGACGGCACUCACUGCCGAAUACAGCGGACCUACCGAAGGAGAAGAGGACUUUGUGUGUCGAAAGGGUUACCACAGUCUUAACGUUGGCGAGAUGGGUAUGCUCGAAAUGGCCCGGAUCAGCACACGACUCACGUGUAUUCAAAACGUCAAUUUUAUACGACCAGUUGAAGAAGGGAGAGCUGGAAGGAGUUCUCUUGGGGGAUUCGGCAUACGCAUCAGAGACGUUUCUGCUCAAGCCACUAGACAGUCCGAGAAACCUGCAAGAGGAAGGGUAUAACCGAGCUGUAUGCUCCGCGCGCACUCGCGUCGAGCAGGCUUUUGGAGUUCUCAAACGACAGUUCCAUAUUUUGCAUGGGGAGUGCAGGUACUCCCCAAGUAAAGCAGCUGAAAUAGUGGUAGCCUGCUGUGUACUCCGAAAUAUAGCGAUAGGUGCCAACGAACCUAGCGACUAUGACGAGUACACAGGGGAACUUCGGCAGGAUGGCGAGGUUCCGUCUGAGCCAUCAACCGAGGCUCCCGAUAGCCGUGCAAUUUCUUUUAUGCGAGACAUAAUUAGCGUUACUUUUGAGAGGAACGGUAUAACCGAGCUGUAUGCUCCGCGCGAGCAGGCUUUUGGAGUUCUCAAACGACAGUUCCAUAUUUUGCAUGGGGAGUGCAGGUACUCCCCAAGUAAAGCAGCUGAAAUAGUGGUAGCCUGCUGUGUACUCCGAAAUAUAGCGAUAGGUGCCAACGAACCUAGCGACGACGACGAGAACGACUAUGACGAGUACACAGGGGAACUUCGGCAGGAUGGCGAGGUUCCGUCUGAGCCAUCAACCGAGGCUCCCGAUAGCCGUGCAAUUUCUUUUAUGCGAGACUUUAGCGUUACUUUUGAGUCCGUUGAUCAGACUCCCAUGGCAUUGAUGUCUUCAGUGAGGCGACUGAUGAAUCUUCUCUUAGCCUAA